CUGUUCCCGGCCUUGGGCAUCUCCUCCGCCGACGCCGUCGCCAAGGCGUACAUGGACGACGUCAUCGCCCUCGUCCUCGGCAGCUUCAUCCUCGCCCUCGCCAUCGAGCGCUACCACAUCCACCGCCGCCUCGCUCUCAAUAUCACGCUGCGGUUCUGCGGGGACCCGGUGCGGCCGUCGCUGCUGCUGCUGGGGAUCACCGGCACGACGGCGUUCGUCAGCAUGUGGAUCCACAACACGGCGUGCACGGUGAUGAUGAUGCCUGUGGCGACGGGGAUCCUGCAGCGGUUCCCGCGGGGCGGAGGCGCCGGCCAGGGGGAGGGGGAGGAGGAGCAGGAGGUGCGGCGCUUCUCCAAGGCGGUGGUGCUGGGCGUGGUGUACGCGUCGGCGGUGGGCGGGAUGGCCACGCUGACGGGCAGCGGAGUGAACAUCAUCCUGGUGGGGAUGUGGUCGGCCUACUUCCCGGAGAAGGAGCCCAUCACCUUCAGCUCGUGGAUGAGCUUCGGCCUCCCGAUGGCGCUGCCCAUGUUCUUGGCGCUCUGGGUCACCCUCUGCUUCAUGUACUGCUCCAACAACACCGGAAAGGCGCUCUCUGCCUACCUCGACGGAACCCACCUCAGAAGGGAGCUCAGCUUGUUAGGUCCAAUGGCUUUCGCGGAGAAGAUGGUCUUGGCUGUGUUUGGGGGUCUAAUUGUGCUAUGGAUGACCAGGAACCUGACAGAUGACAUUCCUGGGUGGGGAGUUCUCUUCCACGAUCAAGUUGGGGAUGGAACAGUCACGAUCAUGAUGGCCACGUUGCUGUUCAUAAUCCCGAGCGGGAAGAACGGGGGCGAGAAGCUCAUGGACUGGAACAAGUGCAGGAAGAUCCAGUGGAACAUCGUGCUCCUCCUCGGCGCGGGCUUCGCCAUCGCCGACGGCUUCAGGACCAGCGGCCUGACCGGCAUCCUCUCGGACGGCCUCAGGUUCCUCGAGGGCGCGCCGACGCUGGUGAUCGUGCCCGUGGCCUGCGUUUUCAGCGGGGUCAUCACCGAGUUCAUGUCCGACGACUCGACCACCACGCUGGUGCUGCCUCUGUUCGCUGAACUGGCCAAGUCCAUCGAGGUGCACCCGGCGCUGCUUAUGAUCUCCGGCGCGGUCGGGGCCCAGCUGUCGUACUUGUUUCCCAUCGGGUCGCCGUCGAAUGUCGUCGGCUUCAGCACCGGCCACAUCACCAUCAAGGAUCUGGUGGCCACUGGGCUGCCCCUCAAGGUCGUCGGAGUUGCAGCUCUGACGGUCUUGCUACCAACACUAGGGUCAGUGAUUUUUGGCAUGGAUAAAAGUCCUAGCUAGGGACAUGGAUCAUGGAUGCAAGUUGUGGAACCUUUCAACCAUGGUCUGGCAGGAUAUUGAGGUUGAACAUCAGUUUCAGCAUGUCAUGACUCAUGACUGCACCUUGCUGCUGGUUCGGGAUAUGGUUUGUAACUUUGUAUAGGAUUAAGCAAACGGUUUUGUACAAGGUGUGUCUGUAUAAAUAUAUGUAUUCGAAAUAUGUCCAAUGUGAUCAUAUUUUUGUA